CUUUCUGGAUUUCAUGUGGAAUUUGCUCUUCCUCUGUUUUUUCUUUUAGAUUGUCAAACAUUUUGAUGAUAUCUCCUAAAAAAUGGCGUAAGCCAAUCUCGGCACCCUUACAGAAUUAUGUAUCAGAGAAGUAAAAUGUAAAUUUCAUCAAUUGUCAGAGUUUUUAUCGGAAUAUUCAUGGAUCAAUGAGAAGUUUCAAGGUCGAGAAGGGAAUGAGAGAUGAAAUUUGAUGUUCUCACCGGCUCUGAAUCCAUGCAUGUUAAUGGAGCUGCUUGAUUUUCAUGUGUUUUGUUAAUUUGCAUUGAUGGGAGAAGCGGCGGAGACAUAUACUGUAGAUGAUGCCCUGAUUUCCCUUGGAUUUGGGAAGUUCCAAACCCUGGUGCUUAUUUAUUCUGGAGUGGCUUAUGCUGCAGAAGCAAUGGAAGUGAUGAUUCUAUCUUUUAUUGGUUCAGCUGUUCAAUCAAAGUGGAAUCUUUCUCCUCAUGAGAAGAGUCUUAUUUCAAGUGUUGUUUUUGCUGGCAUGCUUGUGGGAGCGUAUUCUUGGGGUGUAAUUUCUGACAACUAUGGAAGGAGGAAGGGAUUCCUCUUUACAGCACUGGUGACUAGUGGGGUUGGUUUUCUCAGUACAUUUUCCCCAAAUUACAUUGCUUUAGUUAUUCUUCGUUUUUUUGUUGGUGUUGGAUUGGGAGGAGGACCUGUUCUUUUUUCCUGGUGUCUUGAGUUUGUUCCUGCUCCAAAUAGAGGUGCUUGGAUGUCGGCAUUUUCUAUUUUCUGGAGUGUUGGCACAAUCUUGGAGGCUGCUCUUGCAUGGGCAAUCAUGCCAACAUUAGGCUGGAGGUGGCUGCUAGCACUUUCCUCUUUGCCUUCAUUUCUGUUGCUCAUAUUUUAUGCCUUCACUCCCGAAUCACCAAGGUAUCUCUGCAUGAAAGGUAGAAAAUCUGAAGCACUGCAUAUUUUAGAGAUCAUGGCAAGAAUGAACAAGAAAGCACUUCCUACUGGUGAACUUAUCUCCGAUCAUAAGGCGGAGCCUGACAAGCUUGAUGCGAAUACUGAUGGCUCUCAAGCAGCUCAUGCUGGUCAAGUCCGCAAGAUCGGAACUUCAUUUGGUGAAGAUGUGGCAGCUAAGGUUAAGUGUGUAGGCUCUCUGUAUAAGCUUCUAUCACCUAAACUAAUCAGAACCACUCUUCUUCUAUGGAUGGGCUUCUUUGGGAAUGCUUUUACCUAUUAUGGUGUUAUCUUGUUAACCUCUGGGUUAAGUGAUGGAACUUCAAAAUGUCAGUCAUCAUCACAUAGUAGUUCCAAAGAGGGAACCCGACUUUACAAAGAUGUUUUUAUCACUAGCUUGGCUGAGCUUCCAGGGCUCCUUAUAGCAGCUGUGAUUGUUGACAGAAUCGGUAGAAAGCUUUCAGUUGCAGCCUUACUAUUUGUAACUUUUGGUUUUUUGCUUCCAUUGAUCUUUCAUCAUAAAGAAUUGACUACAACAGCUCUUCUAUUCGGGGCUCGGAUUUGUAUAACAGGAAGCAUCACCACUCUUUCGAUAUAUGCUCCAGAGAUUUAUCCUACAUCAGUAAGGAGUACCGGUUACGGAACCGCGAAUUCGUUUGGUAAAAUUGGCGGGAUCAUAUGUCCCAUUGUUGCGGUUGGCUUGGUGGAUGACUGCCAUCUGUUAGCAGCUGUUCUUCUGUUUGAAGGUGUCAUAUUUCUUACAGGCCUGGCUGUAGUCUUGUUCCCUUUUGAUACCAAGGGCCGGGACCUGAAGGAUUCUGUGGAGAGCUCGGUCUCUCCUGCCUGAUUUUUCUUCAUUUCAGCUUUCUGCUUUUUCUUCUCCAGAUUUUGAACUUUAAUGAUUGUCGAUAAUAUGAGAAUAUGCAGCAUCAUAUUAUCGUUACGAUCAAGAAUGAAUCAGCCACCUUGGAGCAGUUUCUCUUCCAAGAGAUUUCAUUCGAU